ACUUACUACAUUAUUAUUGUUAUCAACCAUUGCAAUAUCAUCACCAAGAAGUGAUAUGGCUUACUCAAAAUCAUAUUUAUUUCUUGGUCUUAAUCUUUUUGUUUUUCUCUCUUUUGAAGUUUUAGCUGAUAUUCAUGUUCCACCAAUGCUUACUGUCGAACCCAAUCUUCCUUCAAUGGCCGAUCAACUCAAUGACAAGCAAAUCUCAAAGAUAAAGGCGUAUUUCAGCCUCAUCGAUAAGGAUGGAGAUGUUUCUAUUGAUAAUGAAGAACUUGACACUCUAAUACGGUCUACUGGCCUAAACCCAACUGAUUUCGGCUUGAUGGUAGCGAGGAGUAAGUCUGCCACUGACGGAAAUGGUACCAUUGAUUUCACCAAAGAAGAGCUUCUCAUAGUUUUCUCUAAGCCUGACACGGAUCAUAAUGGUUUUGUCACUGCAUCUGAGUUGCAUUGUUACUUUACAAAUCAAGGCAUUAAGAUGACCAUUGAAGAAGCGAACGAGUAUGUUCGUGCGGCUGAUUCUGAUGGUGAUGGACAUCUAAGCUUUAAGGAGUUUGUCAGACUUGGCAGAUUCACUGUGGAGUGAAGGUUUGCUCCUGCCUAUGAAGCCCGAAUACGUAGUACGAGUGUGAUACGAUACGGGUACGCGGAUACACGAUAUUUUUAAAAUUCAGGAUACGAUACAGUUAAGAUACGUUAACAAAAUAUUUAUACUAAAAUUUAUAUGCAUGCAAAAUAUUUGAUAAAAAAAUAAGCAUUAAUUACUCUUCAAUACUAUAUAAUCAUAAAAGUCACGAUUUACGAAAAAUAAUACAUGAUCAAAAUAAAAGUUGUAAAGUCUACGUAAAAAUUAUAUUCUAUUUUCAUUCAUAAGUUUGGAUAUCAACAACUACAUCAAUAAAAAAACAAUAAACAAAGUUUAUUUAA